AUGAUUAAAUUUCUAGUUGACAAGGGUAGUCCCUUAUGGAAACAUACCUCACCACCCCUAGAAAAGGAGGAUGAAGGAGGCGAAGACACAGACAGACCGGAUAACGAGGGCUUUGAGAAGCCCAAAAAAUACAAAAAAUUUAAAACAAACUUUGUAAAACUGCUAGAAAGAAAAGCUGCAUUAACAAUACCUUUAAGCAAUAAAUACGAUUCUCUAAGUGACAGCGAGCCCGAACAGGAUCAAACCGCACCACCACCACCUAAAAUAAAGGAAAAAGCCACCCCUAACAUACCGAUCAAAGGCAACUCUGUAAUGAGCAGUGCACAAACUACCAAAGAGGCCCCCAAAACAAACAAAAAAUCAGUCAUCCCUCCUAUAGUGGUAGAUGGGCGUACGGACAACCAUUCAUCCCUUACUAAUGACUUAAAAGCUAUUGUCAAAGGUAAAUAUUCUGUGAAGUAUACCAACACCACGACGGUACUAUUUACAGAGACGAUGGAAGAUUAUGAAUCCCUCCUAGGUAGUAUCAAACAGGCACAAAUACCCCACCAUACUUACACAAGUAAGUUAGAAAAAACGCAUGCCUUUGUACUGAGAGGCCUAGUUAACGUUACUGAGAUUGAAGAAAUCGAAGAAGAUCUUAUCGCAUCCUACGAAAUUAAACCGAGGGAAAUAUACAAAAUGACCACUAAAUACAGACCCCUAUUUUUAGUGGUAACAGAUCCCGCCAUCACACUCGACUACCUCAACAAAAAUGUAAGGGUAGUCGAAAAUACAAGAAUAAUAUGGGAAUUACGUAAGUCCACGAGAAGCAUUAUCCAAUGCCACCGAUGCCAGGCAUGGGGUCAUGCCACUUCGAAUUGCGGCAGGCCGCCGAAAUGUCUUAAAUGUGCGGGAGACCAUCUGACGCGUACCUGCAUAAAGACGAGAGAAACCCCAGCCACGUGUGUUAAUUGCAUGGGUGACCACCCUGCCAACUUCACUCAAUGCAAAACAUACACAGAACGAGCCGCCAGGAUGGAAGAGAGGAGACUCUCUCAAGCUCCACCCCGCAAAUUUAUCCCCGCACCCCCGCCAGCAGCCAAUGCCUGGAAUAAGGCAAAAACCCACCCUCGGAGAGAAGAUUUCCCAGCUCUCCCCACCACGAGCAGGCAAAACUCGCAAAAUACUCAAAGUCAACAACCCCGCAAAUAUCCUUAA